AUGCAUCGUUUUAAUCCUGAAUGGUUUGUUGAUUAUCAUGGGUGGUUGGAGUAUAGUAUAAGUAACGAUGCAACAUAUUGUUUGAGUUGUUAUUUGUUUAAAGACGAUAACAUUCAUCAAGGUGGAGGUGAUGUAUUUUCGAGCAUAGGGUUUAAGAGUUGGAACAAAAAGAAGAGCUUUGAUAAGCAUGUUGGUGGGCCAAGUAGCUUUCAUAACCAAGCAAAAAGGAAAUGUGUAGAUCUACUACGGCAACAACAGUCCAUUAUAUAUGCAUUUGAGAAGCAAUCUGAUCAAGUUAAGCAUGAUUACUUGAUUCGCUUAACUGCUUCGGUUAAUGUCGUAAGACUUCUUUUGAAGCAAGGAUUUGCAUUUUGGGGUCAUGAUGAAUCUAAAACAUCAUUUAACAGGGACAUUGUGACUGCAUGUAAGAUGGAAACAAUUAAAGCUAUCAUUAAAGAAUUAAAUGGUGACUACUUUGCCUUAUUAGUCGAUGAAUCUUUUGAUGUGUCGCGAAAGGAGCAAAUGGCUAUUGUCUUACGAUAUGUUGAUAGAAUGGGAUUUAUGGUGGAGCGACUUGUUGAUAUUGUUCAUGUCAAAGAUACGUGUGCUUCAUCUCUAAAGAAGGCAAUUGUUGAUUUAUUUGCUAAACUUUCCUUAAGUCUAUCAUAUGUUCGUGGGCAAUGUUACGAUGGAGCAAGCAAUAUGCAAGGUGAGCUCAAUGGCCUUAAAAUGUUGAUUAGGCAAGAAAGUAGAUCGGCUCACUCUAUUCAUUGUUUUGCUCACCAACUUCAAUUAACUCUUGUUGCGGUUUCAAAAAAAUGUAUUCAAGUAGGAGAACUUGUAGUUUUGGUCUCAAAUAUUUUGAAUGUGUUGGGAUCUUCUUUUAAGCGUAUGGAUGAAUUUCAAGAAUCUCAAAAGGAAAGAAUUGAAGAGGCAUUAGAUAUGGGUGAGUUUAAAACUGGUAGAGGCUUGAAUCAAGAACUUGGUCUUUCAAGAGCUUGUGAUACUCGUUGGGGAUCUCAUUACAAAUCUUUUAAAAAUUCUAUUCUUAUGUUUGGCUCUAUUCUUGAUGUUCUUGAAGCACUUGUUGUUGAUGCACGUUUGAUGGAUAACAGAGCCAAGGCAAUAGGAUAUCUCAAAACUUGUCAAACAUUUGAGGUUGCAUUCAUAUUGCAUUUGAUGAUAGAUGUUUUAGCAAUCACAAAUAAGCUAAAUAAAUGCUUACAAAAAAAAGGAGCAAGAUAUCGCAAAUGCCAUGCUACUUGUAGAAGUAGCAAAGAGAAGGUUGCAAAGUUUAAGAGAAGAUGA